AACGUUGCUCCGCAAUUAGAGGACGUGUGUAAGUAAGGUACCAAUUUUCCUGUACCCUCAAGUUAUUAUUGCAGAUGUCACAGCAAAUGGGCUGUGGAAAUGAAGUAAACGUCAUGGAAAUUUCAGCGCAACUGUAAACUUUCAUGGACAGUGUGUAGCACAUGUCACCGUACCGCAAAACGAUGUGUGGCCCGUACGGGGAUCGAACCCGCGACCUUGGCGUUAUUAGCACCACGCUCUAACCAACUGAGCUAACCGGCCUCAGGUGUCGGAAGCCAUGACGUCAUCACAACUGCAAGCGAAACUUACUGAACAGAAAGUAGAAGCUUCCGGACUGACAGGGUGAUAGCUCCUCUGUGACUCUGUAGAUCUGAGGUGAAACAACAUCGUCUGUCAAGUCACAUUCCUAAAUCAGGAUGUCAGUGCAGUUCUCUGGCUGGGAGGUGGUCGAUGACGGUGCUUCUUUUCCUGGUGUGGAGCUGGGGCCCUCCCAAAAACCCCAAAAACGAGGCGUCUACACCAUGUACCAUGGGACCAGUGUUUCCAGCGCACGGCUCAUCAUUGCCAACGGUUUUACGCAGUCAUCACGCGGCAUGCUGGGAAGAGGUGUUUAUGUCAGUCGUGAUAAGAAGAAGGCGGCUCAUUAUCCACUGAAUAGUCAGAUUACAGACCGUGUGGUCCUUGAGUUACGUGUGCGUCCUGGCCGCGUCAAGCGUAUUGACAAGGACAACCACCCUAUGCAACUCAGCUGGCACACAAAUGGCUACGACACUGCAUGGGUGCCCCCCAAUUGUGGCAUGACAGCCGUGCCCAGCGGCCUGGAGGAGGACUGUGUGUUUGACCCCAAAAGAGUGCAGGUGGUAGGCAUUGCAAAGGCGCCAAACAACACGAUACAGAAAGAUCUUGAACAACUUCUGUCUAAAACAGCCAAAAACAAAGGAGGAGGAGGAGGAGGGGGAGGCAAUGGUGCUGCAGAUGGGUGUUUGCUGUGUAAGAGAAGGACUCAGCAGGGUUCUCCACACAUCAAGCAACAGUGCUGGAAGUGUGGGCAAAACAUCUGCAUUCUCAUGACCAAACAUUUCUGUCCAGAUAAACCAUGACCGGCGCUUCAGUGUGAUGCUAAGAGGAUCCCGGUGAUCUUGCUUUGUAAACAAGACUCAUAGUCUCAGUUUGUCUUCUUAGAUAAAGCAACAACUGUAAUGGGUGUAACGUGUUUUUAUUACUUGCUGUUGAAAAAGUUUUGGGGUUGGCUGUAAAUAAGCUACAAAAUUUUAUUCAUGAAUUGAGACCAGUUCGUCAUUAUCUCACCUGUAAUUUGUUAUUCCACAAAGUAAAAAGAAAGUUUACAAUGUUAAUCUGUUAUUUCUAUAGCACUGCCUUUGUAUUAUCCAAUCAAUAAGCAUUGAUUGAUCACAGACAAUAAACCUAAAGAGAAAUUAUUCUCUUUCUGUCUUACUGUGGACAUCAGCUAUUUUGUGUAAAGUAAAUUUAAAGGUCCAGUGGAAUUUAAGAUAAAAUUGGAGUAUAAUAUUCCUAACUGUGUUUUCAUUAAUUUAUAUUCACCUGAGAGCAAGAAUUGUUGUGUUUUCAUUACCUGAGCCUUUUGUAUCUGUGGUGGGAGCAGAUCCUCUUCAACAUAGUCUGCCAUGUUUCUACAAGAGCCCAGAAUGGACAAACUAAACACUGGCUCUUAUGAAGGCCUUUUUGCGUUUUUUAUCUGCCACCAUAGUGAUACCAGGGUGAUACGAGGGGUGUUCAGUUGGUUGCAAUCUGCAAUCAUAGUUUGAUUUAUAAUUUUAAUUGUAAAGGCACACUGCCUGUGUCUAGGCAGCUAUCUCUAAGUAGUAUCAAUUGGGAAGGGAAAAUGUCGUACAUUUUUAAAAGAUUUGAUGUGCCAUUUUCAUUGACAGCUUCUGCAACUCGUGAAAAUAUCAGUAAUAUUAAUACCGUAAGUUGGAC